GUGUCCGAAGAAUGUAAUUGGAAAUUCAGGGCAUCAAGUGUUGGGAAAUCAGAAAUGUUCUUAGUCAGGGAGUUCCGUGACAAGCAUACAUGUCCGCUAAAGGAUAAAGUGUAUUCGCAACGGCAUGCCACAAGUUGGUUAAUAGGAGGGAUUGUUAAACCCAAAGUAGCCAACCAUAAGAGGAAAUACACACCUAAUGACAUAGCGGAUGAUGUAUUGAAGGACUUUGGCAUGGAUGUGUCUUACAUGGUCGCUUGGCGGGCUAAAGAGAGGGCUAUGAAGGACUUAAUGGGUGAGCCAGCAGAAUCAUACAAUAAGUUACCCAGAUAUCUAUAUAUCAUGGAUAAAACAUAUCCUGGGUCGCAUAUACGAAUGCGCAAGUCCCAUGACAACGAGUUCCUUUAUGUUUUUAUAGCAUUAUAUGCAUUUAUCAAGGGCUUUGAGUGUUGUAGACCCAUUGUGGUAGUAGACGGGAGCCACCUUAAAACAGCAUACAACGGCACAUUCGUUUCAGCAAGCACACUAGACGGUGCAGGCAAUAUACUUCCCUUAGCAUAUGGUGUGAUAGAUUCUGAGAAUGACAAGUCUUGGACGUGGUUCUUUGAGCGGUUCAGAGAAGCCUAUGGAGUUAGAGAGAAUAUGUGUAUCGUAUCCGAUAGGCAUGAAAGCAUAAACAAAGCUGUAUGUCUAACUUAUCCAAAUGUUCCGCAUUACGCGUGCAUAUGGAAUUUGUGGGGUAACGUAUGUAAGAAUUACAAGAAGAGUAAAGAUGUAUUGAGUCCAGUGUUUUAUGCAAUGGCAAAGGCAUACACACAGGAUGAAUUUGAUGAGUUGAUGGCGAAGGUUGUUAAGGCAGAUAUUCGGGUGGCAGAGUAUUUGGAUUUAGCUGGAAGAGAAAAGUGGGCUAGAGUGUAUGCAUCUGUUAACCGAGGGUGGACCAUGACUUCGAACAUAGCAGAGUGUAUCAAUCGUCACCUUGUAGCGGCAAGAGAACUGCCUAUAUUUGAUUUUCUUGAAGAAGUUAGGAAGAUGUAUGGUAGAUGGAAUUACACUAACCGGAGGAGCGGUACAUACACGUUCACAACACUCUCUAAGAAGUUCCAGGAGAAGCUAUCAAUAAAUGAGUAUCUAUGUUUACGUAUGACGGUGGAACCAUCAAUCGAAUAUGUGUACACAGUCCAUGAUGGAGGAAGGUGUUUUGUUGUUUGCUUGAAAAACAAAACUUGCAGUUGUCGUAUGUUUCAAAUAGAUGAAAUUCCUUGCCCACAUGCUUGGGCUGUAUUAAAAAAGAAAAAUCUAAAAGCUGAUGAUUAUUGCUCAGAAUUGUUCAAACCGGAGACUGUGGUGAAAACAUAUGAUAUACCUGUGGAUCCUCUCCCUGACGAGCGUGAAUGGAAGAUUCCCACAUACAUCUUGGAGGAUGUAGUUUUGCCACCAAGAUACAAGAGACCGCCCGGUAGGCCGAAGUUGAAGCGUGAUAAGCCGUUAAGGGAAUUGCUUAUUGGUAAAAAAAGACAUGCUUGCAGCACUUGUGGACAGCUGGGACACAAUAGACGUUCAUGUAGUUUUGAGCCUCGGAAGAAGUGAUUUUUUUUUUAUUAUUUAUUUAUAGCCAUUUGCAUUUGUUAUUAAAAAUACGUUGUUGUUUUUUUGCGAUAUUCGAAUAAAGGUAGUUAGUUUAAAUAGAUUACUUAGUUCCGAAUAAUAUAACUUACAUGAAAUACA